AAGGCCCCGGACAGGCAGGCGGGCCCUGGACUCCCAAUCCAGGAGUAGAGCUGGAGGGAGAAACAAGCUGCUGUGGGAGGUCUGAGACCAGCCCCGCCCACCUGUCUCUUCUCUGGGAACCGCUAGUCCAGGGGCUUGUCCCUGUGGUGCCAUUGGCCUGGUGGGCAGCAUCGAAGAGGAAGUGGCUGAGUUCCGAGCAGAGCUUUCUGCCUCACCUGGUUUGGGCCGCGGCACAGCUGCGCCUCUGGCUCAGUCCCGCCCCUUGUGACCCUCUGUGACUUCCCCAUCCCUCUGGGGAGAUGCUGUCCUGUGGGUGGUUUCAUCGAGACCUCAGUGGGCUGGAUGCAGAGACCCUGCUCAAGGGCCGAGGUGUCCAUGGGAGUUUCCUGGCUCGGCCUAGUCGCAAGAACCAGGGUGACUUCUCCCUCUCCGUCAGGGUGGGGGAUCAGGUGACCCAUAUUCGGAUCCAGAACUCGGGGGAUUUCUACGACUUGUAUGGAGGGGAGAAGUUUGCGACGCUUACAGAGCUGGUGGAGUACUACACACAGCAGCAGGGCGUCCUACAGGACCGCGAUGGCACCAUCAUCCACCUCAAGUACCCUCUUAACUGCUCCGACCCUACGAAUGAGAGGUGGUACCAUGGCCACAUGUCUGGGGGGCAGGCAGAGACGUUGCUGCAGGCCAAGGGUGAGCCCUGGACAUUUCUUGUGCGUGAGAGUCUCAGCCAACCUGGAGAUUUUGUGCUGUCGGUGCUCAGUGACCAGCCCAAGGCUGGCCCAGGCUCCCCGCUCAGAGUCACCCAUAUCAAGGUCAUGUGUGAGGGUGAACGCUACACAUUAGGUGGUUCGGAGACCUUUGACAGCCUCACAGACCUGGUGGAAUAUUUCAAGAAGACAGGGAUCGAGGAGGCCUCGGGUGCCUUUGUCUACCUGCGGCAGCCCUACUAUGCCACGAGGGUGAAUGCGGCCGACAUUGAGAAUCGGGUCUUGGAACUGAACAAGAAGCAGGAGUCGGAAGACACAGCCAAGGCUGGCUUCUGGGAAGAGUUUGAGAGCCUGCAGAAGCAGGAGGUGAAGAACCUGCACCAGCGACUGGAAGGGCAGCGGCCAGAGAACAAGUGCAAGAACCGCUAUAAGAACAUCCUCCCGUUCGACCACAGCCGAGUGAUCCUGCAGGGACGUGACAGCAACGUCCCUGGGUCCGACUACAUCAACGCCAACUACGUCACGAACCAGCUGCUGGGCCCUGAUGAGAAUGCUAAGACCUACAUCGCCAGCCAGGGCUGCCUGGAGGCCACGGUCAACGACUUCUGGCAGAUGACAUGGCAGGAGAACACCCGUGUCAUUGUCAUGACCACCCGAGAAGUGGAGAAAGGCCGGAACAAAUGUGUCCCAUACUGGCCGGAGGUGGGCACUCAGCGCGUGUAUGGACCCUACACUGUAACCAACUGUGGGGAAUAUGACACAGCCGAGUACAAACUCCGCACCUUACAGGUCUCCCCACUGGACAAUGGCAACCUAGUACGGGAGAUCUGGCACUACCAGUACUUGAGCUGGCCUGACCAUGGGGUCCCCAGUGAACCUGGGGGCGUCCUCAGCUUCCUAGACCAGAUCAAUCAGCGUCAGGAAAGUCUGCCUCACCCUGGGCCCAUCAUCGUGCAUUGCAGCGCGGGCAUUGGCCGCACAGGCACCAUCAUUGUCAUUGACAUGCUCAUGGAGAGCAUCUCCACUAAGGGGCUGGACUGUGACAUUGACAUCCAGAAGACGAUCCAGAUGGUGCGGGCUCAACGCUCGGGCAUGGUGCAGACAGAGGCGCAGUACAAGUUCAUCUAUGUGGCCAUUGCCCAGUUUAUUGAAACCACCAAGAAGAAGCUGGAGGUCAUGCAGUCCCAGAAGGGCCAAGAGUCAGAGUAUGGGAACAUCACCUACCCUCCGGCUAUGAAGAAUGCCCAUGCCCAGGCCUCCCGCACGUCCUCUAAACACAAAGAGGAUGUGUACGAGAACCUGCACAGUAAGAACAAGAGGGAGGAGAAGGUGAAGAAACAGCGGUCAGCGGACAAGGACAAGAGCAAGGGCUCCCUCAAGAGGAAGUGAGGUGGGCACCGGCUCAAGGUGGCCAUGCCUCAGCCCUGAUCCCUGUAGAGGCCUCCAGUGAACACCCACAGCCUGAACCUAGGAGCUGCCUGCCCAACUCUAUUGUAAUUUAAAUGGUCCUGUUCUCACCUCCCUCUCCCUGACCCUGUAUAUAGCCCAGCAAGGCUCCAGCCCAGGCCAGCCCUAAUUCUUUUGUAAAUAAAACCCCUAGGAUCACUGUG